AUGGCUGAUGCUCGUAACGAGACUGCUUUGCACACGCCAUCAUCCCUCUCCUUCACACAAGGCCUACUGGUCGGCCAGCUCUCCGUUGUUCUCUUAAUCGGCGCGUUUAUCAAGUUCUUUAUCUUCGGCGAGGCUCCGCCAUCCUCUUUCCGCGGACAAGCUCGUCGAGCGAGCCCCUACAAGCGGUCCUACUCGAUGAGCGGCGGGAGAGACUUCAAUCCUCGAACAUUAAAGGAGAAGCCAUCAUCCAACAUCCUGCGGCCUAUUCCAUCCUCUUCCACAAACACCCGGUCGAUCCUCCGGAAGACAUAUUACAGCGCCACUCCCACGAAUUUCACUUCAAAACAUGGCCGUCACAGACCCCACCAUUCGACACAUCAACCCGAGUCUUUGGAUUGGUUUAACGUGCUGAUAGCGCAGACCAUCGCACAAUACCGAGAAACUGCGUAUAUCCUGAAGGACUCCCCAACAUCGUCUAUACUCGAUUCUCUUACUACUGUACUAAACAACCCAGAUAAGAAACCUUCUUUCAUCGAUAAAAUUACAGUGACGGAUAUCUCUCUAGGGGAAGAAUUUCCAAUAUUUAGCAACUGUAGGGUUAUUUCUAUCGAUGAUCCAAAUACUGAUGGAGGCCGGCUCCAGGCUCUCAUGGAUGUCGAUCUCAGCGACGAUAACCUCUCUCUAGCCAUUGAAACCAGCUUCGUGCUGAAUUAUCCCAAGCCUUAUUCAGCAAUAUUACCCGUCGCUCUCUCAGUAUCCGUCGUUCGAUUCUCAGGAACACUAUGUAUCUCCUUUGUCCCGGGAACGACAGAGACCCCUGCCGAUACCUCCGCCCCCUCGGCCAGUCGCCGGCCAGAUAGUCAACCCCAUAGUUUAUCUCGUGAAAAUAUUAACAGUCCUUUUCGCCAGGGCCUCUUAAAUCCCAUCGAGCAGGGCCAAUCUGCCAGCCCAGGUACCACGGGAAUCCCGAAAACCAGCCUUGCUUUCUCCUUUCUUCCAGAUUAUAGACUGGAACUUUCAGUUAGCUCGCUCAUUGGCUCUCGUAGCCGUCUCCAGGACGUGCCCAAAGUUGCUCAACUGGUGGAAGCACGGGUACAGGCUUGGUUCGAGGAGAGGGUCGUUGAGCCAAGGGUUCAAGUAGUCGCGCUCCCAAAUAUUUGGCCCAGAAUGGGCAGAACAGGGGUUAGAGGCCAAGAGGAGCAGCAAGAGGUUUCCUCCGGUGACAGCAGUGGAAUACCUGUGACCAACCUCAGCAUGCUUGGGACCAGGGAUACCGUAUCCGAAUCGCGUCAAGGAACAAGAGACGCUAGUGAUGGCCUUAGGUACCGACGGAAUGUAUUGCCAAAUAAUGGAGAAACGCCAAAUGAGAUGUAUCGCCAGGACCAGACUGGUCAAGAACAAUCGCAAAUAGAAGAUCCAUUUCAGAUACCAGGGUCUUUACCUGACGCAGUUCCUGUGACAUAG